AUAUGCGGGCAUAUAACUUUAAUUAUUUAUUUAAACUCAUACUUCUUUUGAGACAAUUAUUUUUUAAAACAUUUAUAAUAAAAAAUAUUUCUUUUAUGCUAUAAAAAAGUAAAAUGACUUGCCAUACACGGCAGCGAUAAACCAGCUAUGCACAAUUUAAAUUUAUAAUUAUUAGAGCUAAUCUUUUUCAGCUAUAAUAAUUAUAAAUUUAAAUUGUGCAUAACUAGUUUGUUAUUGCCAUUGUAUGUUUACUUUUGACACGUAAAAUCAAAACAUUCCAUCGACAGUAUGUUAAUACUAUAUUACAUUACAUUUUAUAAAUGACAACCAAUUCUCCGGAAAAGAUUUACGGAGAGUCGCCAAUUGAUUGGUGGAACCAAUGGACGAAUAGAUUAGGGGGAAGGGAGUAUAGGGGUUGCUAUAAUCGACAAUCUCGCCUUACCACUCUCUGAGAUACGAAAAAAAGAGUCAGGCUCAACACAAGCAGGAGACAAAAUUAGCUUCUCCUCACUGUUGUACGAACUAACUUAACGAGAAAACGUUACAGGAUUUGUCCAGAAAAGAAUUCAACGACGCCAGCGGACCUUUACAAUACUGUUCAUAAUAAAGUGUUGAGCUUGUGACUGUGCCUCUAAAAAGUUUACUUAUUUUACGAAACACAUUCUACAAUUGUUCUUGUCGAUUUCCCGCAUUCCAGAUUCGGCCGCUUACAUAAUACGCAAGUUAAUUCUACUACAUUAAACUGCUAUUGGCACUUCUGCAAAUUUGAUUAAUUUAACUACAGAUUGUUGAAAGAAAAAAUAUUUUAAAAAUUGUAGAAUUUUGUUUGUCUCCCUGACUUCUAAGAGAACGUUCUCAAUAAUAAAUAAUAUUUAAAGUAGAAAAAAAACCCAACUUAAAUUUGAUACUUUUAAAGCUUGCAUUUAUAGAAAAUGCAAUUAUGAAAUUGUUCAAAAUUGUAAGAUUUUUUUAACAAUAAUUAUAAUCUUUUAAAACAAAUACAUCUUUCUAAAAAAUACAUUAAAAAACUUAUAAAUAUAUAUGUAUAAAUAUAAUACUAUGGCGAUAUUUGAAUAGAAAUAGUUUGGCAAUAUUAGACUAGAAAUAUAGAAGCGGUGAUGUACGAGUAGAGACUGAGAGAGAGAGAGAGAGAGAGAGAGAGAGAAAAGAAAUUUGGAGUAGGGAAAGCUCGAGGAAAGGAAGAAAUUCCGAACAGGUAAAUAAUCAGAAAGCGCUGAACCUGCUAACAAGAGAGAACGUUCUCGACCUGUCGACCAGAGAUACUUGACGUUGAAUCCGGACUCGAUGCAUAAGGCCGAGCCGAAAUGUGACCGUUGAUACCUAGGAUAUCUGGAGCGGAUGCUGGAGCACAGAAGCCCGAUGCAUGCAUGUAUUAGGCAAAGAAGCACGAUGCUACAAAGGAAAGGAUUCUAAGCAGACCGUUUGGAUCCAGGAUCUCUGGAACGGAUGCAAAGCGACAGAGCAUGGCCAAUCGGCGUGACAUGGAUCUUCCAUUUCUCUCUCUCACUCAGGUUGUUGAUUAAAUACUUAGGACCAUUUCGCAAAAUGAUGCAAGAAGUGACGGUGAUCGUAAGGAAUGCCAUAAAGCGUUAUAAGAAAGAGCAAUUGAUGCCCAACAAUCUGAAUAUGACCGUUUCCAAAAGUUCCAUAUAGACAUUCGCGAUUAACACUUUGCGCACUUCCCUUGUGAUUGACUAUUGACACACAGUAGAACUCCAGGGUUAAGAAAGAAUGACAGUAAUAAUCAAAUCGAGAAGAUUCUUAUUAAUACUUUCAGGAAUAUUACGAUGACUUUUCUGAAGCAAAAUAUAAUGUACAGAAUGGAAAACUCUGCGGUAUAAUGUAUUUUAGCCAAACCUUUUCCGAAAGUCUGCAAAAAGGAUUGCAAGAGGCUACUUUCGCGAAGAAUUCUCAUCUUUGCACCGAUCAAAUUCAUGUUUUCCUCAAUAUGUCGAUUUAAAAAUCCCGUUUAUGGUACAAAUGACUUCAAGUAUACAAAUUACGCAAUACCGCCGUACAUAUUAUCACUCGUCUUCUUUAUGGGUAUCACAGUCUCUACCAGCUUGAUAAUCACAGUUCGAUUUGAAGGCGUCUGGGAUCGAAAUAUAGGAUCUAAGGGAUCGAUAUUUGUCGUAUCCUUCCUUCUAUUUCUCAACGGAUCUUGCGGAAUGAUGUUCGGUUUCGUUAUCUCUAGUUUGUGCAAAACUCACUCCCUGGCGUAUUUCUCUUCUGCCGAAAGCUUUCUCCUGCUAUUAACAAUGAACAAAACAGUUUCGCAUAAUCUAAAAUAAAUUUAGUUAAACAAGGUAUGCAGGAUGUGUUUCACCUAACUAAAAUAUCGGCUGACGUUAUGUACUUACAGAUAACGAUUUUAAUAAAAUAAUUUAGUAAACUAAUUU